AUGAUGCUGGUAUUCUUCACUGUUUGUUGUUUGUAUGUUUUAUCAUCAGCUAUACCAUUAUCGAAUGAUAAUCAAAAUGAAAAUGAAAUACAAAAAUACUUGAAUGAUAUUGAACUUUUGAAACAACAUUGUUUGUCAUCAAAUACUGAUAGUAACUGCAUUAAACUUGAAAAUUCACUUCGAAAUGCAAAGAGUAUGUGUGAUCAAAAAGAAGAAAAGACCGUAUUAUGCAAAACAAUUAUCGAAGACUAUUGUCAAUUAUCAGUGAAUAAUUGUAAUGAUACAAUCAGUACUACUACAACAAUUAUCCAAAAUGAAUAUUCAAUACAACAUGAUAAAGUAUUAAACAUAAAUGCUACAUUAAUUACUACUCCUUUAUCAACAACUACAUUAAUUACUACUACUCCUUUAUCAACAACUUUUUCAACUACAACAAUUCAAUUUAUCGAUCAAAAUUAUUUACCAGUCGAUCCCGAUCCAAACAAUUUACAAUGGGAUGUCAUACCAUCAAAUUAUAGACAAUUGAGAAAAAAAGGUUUAUUUUGUUUUCAUCAUGCACAAUUGAAUAAAUGUAAAGAAUUAUUAUAUGCCAUAAAAGGACAACAAAAAAAAUGUCAAAAAGAAAAUCGACGAUAUAAUAAUGAUUGUGUCUUGUUUCGACAAAAACUUUGUGAUGCAUUUCCAGACAUACCUACAUGUAUAAAUGUUUAA